AUGCACCGGGCAAGCAUCCACUGGCGAAAGGCCUCGCUGUGUUUUUUAGUGUACGUCGUCGUCCAAGCAGUCUGCGCGUCGGAAGCCGAAGAGUUCGAUUGUACGGACCGCAGUAACGGGGAUUAUGAGGAUCCGAAAAGUGCGUGUGCAUCGCACUACUACUCCUGUUUCGCCUCGACGACGCUCAAGCGGCAUUGUCCUAAAGGUCUGGUGUAUAACCCGCGGUUGAAACGCUGCGACUGGAGGGAAUCCGUUCCUGGCUGCGGCGGAGCCAACCCGGACCGGCGAAAACCUCACUUCGAGUGCCCCCAGCGCGAUGGCCUGUUCGCUGUACAAGAUUGUUCGCCGCAAUACUGGAGAUGCUCCGGCGGCGAACCGGUGAAGAUGGCCUGCGCCGAAGGACAGGCGUUUGACGGUCGAUCGAAAAAGUGCGCUGCCAUCGGAAACGUGUUAGCUUGUAACCUGAAAAUCCAGCAAGAAGUACCGAAGGUGAGGCAAGAGGCGCCAAACGACAAGCGGCAAGCGGCAGAUGUGUCGAAGGCGGCCAAGCAGGAAAUCAAGAAAUCCGGACACCGCAAUGAAGGCCGCUCAGGUAUGAUUUGGAUUUCUCUAGCCAACUGCCACCUCCCGGAACUCUCCCUCCUCUUGUACGCUGUAUCGGCUAUUUUUGUUUCGGAUUCGGACUCCCCUGAAUGA